AAAGGCACGGUUGAGGGCCAGUAGUUAGCCGUAUAUUUGUGUGUAUAAGCACGGAAUUGUUUGUAAACUGUCUGAACACACACACACACACACACAUAAAAAAAAAAAAAAAAAAAAAAAAAAAAAAAAAAAUGAAAAUCGAAGGAGGUGUUUAUUAUGUUUUGUGGUUGAUUUUUGUUAUGGUGCGUAUCCAAAUCCAAGAUUCUGUGCAGGGACGUUUACUCUCUAUCGACAACAACAAAAACAAACCCGACCCCAAAAAUGCCGCUGCUACUGCUCGUUGGUUGGUCUCUCAGAAUUCCUGGGGUGUCUUGAAUACCAUUUCAAUUGAUUUGGGAGGAGCUCCCUUUGGGAAUGUGGUUUCGUUUAGUGAUGGGCUACCGGACAACGGUAGUGGUAUCCCAUACUUUUACUUGACAGCUCUUGAUCCAACCGCACGAAAUGCACUGAAAGACAACAGAGCUUCACUCACAAUCAGUGAGUAUCCUAUUGGAACCUGUGGCAAGGUUGACCCUGAGAACCCCACUUGUGCAAAGAUUACCCUUACAGGAAAGUUGAAGUUGGUUGAUGGAAACUCCAAAGAAGAAGAAUUUGCUAGAAAAGCACUAUUCUCGAAGCAUUCAGAGAUGAAAGACUGGCCUGAGGAUCACAAUUUCCAGUUCUUCAAAUUAGAGAUUGAGGAUAUCUUUUUGAUCGAUUGGUUUGGUGGUCCUAAACCUCUUACAUUGGAUCAAUAUCUACAUUUCCAAAUGAAAGAACUGGCCAUCGUUCUGUGAAUGCCCAGAUCAUCUUCCUUGUCAUCAGACAAGCAUGUUCUGGCCAUCGUUCUGUGAAUACUCAGAUAGUCUUCCUCGUCAUCAGAUGAACAUGUUCUAAGAUGUGCAAUUGAACUGUGUAUAAUAAAUUUGUAAUGGGGAUAUUAAACAAAUGUAAAUGCUGUAUUCUUGUUAAUGUAUUGUACAAAAAAUGCCAGCAACUUACUUUUUUUUAAUUUGGCAAACACAAACACAUUGAUUGUUCGUUCAAAAUGAUACAAAAUAAAAUGUAUAGAUUCCUGCAA